AUGACGGACAAAAAGAUAAAGGGUGGCCACAUGGCCAUCAUCGAGAACUGGUACCAUCAGAUUCCUGCCUUUACCGAUGUGUUUACCGAGGAGAGUUUUUACAUGUUUGUGGUGUGCUUCGUGGCGGCCACCAUCUGCGUGGUGUUCAUUCUGUCGCGGUUCAUCACGUUGAAACCGGUGGACUAAUCAAACUAUCGUAAUACCGCCAUAAAUAUGGGUAAAGGGAAGGACUCAAAUUGGUGCAUUGGGAGGAAAAAGUCAGCUUUAGAUAAUAAAAUUUGCUAAAUUUAAUAAUUA